AUGGGUGGAUACGAAUGGACAGAAGAAGAGAGGGCUUUCGUGGUAUACUACACCUAUUUAGGUGUUCGUCGUGACGACAUUGCCGAACUACUCAAGCGUCGCGGAUUCCUACGCUCGGGAAGAGCAGUCUCAAGCAUGAUCACAUUGAUCCAGAGGAACGAAGGAGUCGCCAUCACUUCUAUGUCAAGGACCGAAGCCGACGCCUUGAUUCACCGGCUUGCCUCCGGAUAUGAAAUUGGUUGUUCCCUCUUGCCCGUGGAUGGUGAUCAAGAGAUAGUGAACCGAGCGGUUGACGUGUGGACAGAAUAUCUUGCUUGGUUGAAUCGUGGGAUAAAAUGA